AUGAGCUGGCUCAACUCAUUUGACCCAGCAGCUCCCACACGUUCGUUAGGUGAGCCAGACAGCCUUUCUCAGAGCCGUCAAGAGCCACGUUCGAACGCUAGAUGGCCGGCACGUACCCAGGGCACAUUUCAGAACUCAACCGCAGGGCCUUCAACUGCUCGCACCAGGAACGAAGCACCCUCACAAGUUUCAGCGUGCCCUCCUCCGACAGCUGGAAACGCUCAUAUCUUCCGACCACCUUCAUCGGCGGCAUUUAAAAGCUCUAUCUACGCUCACCGUCCGCCUCGAUUGCCGAACAGUAUCAAAGCCGCUCCACCCUCAGCAGCAUUGAGGCCAGAGGAUGCACAACCGAAUGAGCACCAGAUUAGGACAAAACCGUGGGAAAUCGAUGCACCUCCAUCGAUAGGCAAGUCCAAGUCGAGCCAUCAUGCGCUUCCUUUGAGGGUAACGACUCCAUUGCAGGCUUCUCAGCCAACAUCUGAAUUCGCUGCGAGAUCUUCUUUACCUCUCUCAACCCAGGCUCAGCGCUCGUUACCUCGGCAUUUACCGUCUCGACCGUCGGACAAGCAGACUCAAGGUAUGCCUCGGUCGCAACUACAGGACCGGCGACCAUCACAGAAACGACGUUGGUCCCUUCAACAAACACAAACAAAGCCGCAGCCAGAACUUGAACUACAGUCACAGGUACAACCUGGAAAUCAGUCACAACCAUCGUUUGCACCAUAUACCCGGGCACCCCCCAGGACUGCGAAUGCGAAGAAGAGAAAGUUCAAGAAACCGCCGAACAAAGAGACGGCACGACAAAAGCAGCAUCGCAGAGGGAUCAGGGAGCAAGAAAAUAAGCAGAAUGACCGUGAACCUAACCAGGACGCGCGCCACGCUAGACAGCCACCGACUGGAGAUCGAAAGGUUGACCGAGCUGAAUCAUCCUCAUACAAAGUGGCGCGAAUUGGGCCUCUAAUAGAGGCAUCAUUGUCGGUAGAGGCAACAUUAUCGGACGAUACAACUUGUUUGCCUCAGUCCUCAUUGAGCACACGCACUUCUUCGCCACCGCCAUCGCCACCGCACGGGGACACACUACAGCUGAACAGACAUGCUCCAGAGUCUUUGUGCAAUGACGUUAAAGGUCAAGGUCUCGGAGCACAAAAUUCUGGUUCGGCGCUCCAUCUAGCCACUUCGUCUCAACUCCGCAGCACCCUUUCCACGUCCAACAAAUGGGGGGAAGCAGCAGAGAUCUCUGAGAAGCAUGCAAAGCUCAGAGACGGGGCGGGAGCCUCUCUACUCGCUGAAGUGGUGGCUAAAUCUGCGAAGUGGCCUACGGAUAACUGUUCCGUGACUGCGGCGAACUCAAGCGAGCUUGAGGAAGCCCUUGAGCCAGUAUCUGAUACGUCUGCAAGGGCCACAGAGGCAUUGGCAGACGCCGCGACGGCGGAAGGUGACAAAAAAGACAAACUUCUUGACGGGACUUUGCUCAGCUCGGAGAAGCGGCUCGAGGGCAGCACACCUAUCGAGAUCAGUGAUGGUGUCGAAGAUGAAGAUGACCGUCCUUUGGUUGACAGCCUUCAAGUGACGCGACGCAGUGGACAAGCCAAUCUUGCGAACGAAACUCAGUUUGCAGACAGCGCUAAUUCCGAUCCAGACGAAGAUGUUCCUUUGCAAGAACUCAUGCAACGCCGCUCUUCCGAAGAACCUUCCACGGCAAGCGCCAUCGACAAAAGUUUGAAAUGGCGUUCGGCCCCCUUGACACAGACAGUCGCCCGAGCCUUUGAUGGCGCUCGCACUUUAUCGAUCAAAUUUUUUGUACCUCUGGCUAGUUCGGCUAUGCAAGAUCGAGCCUGCACCGCUUUGCGCAAUAGAGGAGCAGUAUUCGACGCAGCUAUUGGUGUCAGCGAACACGGCCGAGUUGCGACGUUCUCGGAGGAGCUCAUCAGUCGAUCUUGCCGAGGCAAGCAUGAGCAGCCAAGCAAGAUGUUGCGCUUCCAAGCACGAGAUCUGGACAAGAAAGUCAAGGGAGAGAAAUCUUCUAUCGACAAAGUAGAAGACGUUUCGCGUCUCACCUCCAAGGUAUGUGGUAUUGCCUCGUCGACGAAAAAGCCGCUCGGGUUAGGAAACCACCAAGACUACCCAUGCCAGGUGAGCCUAGUCACCGUCAAUGAUCGGGAACGGGCCAAUCGUACAUAUUAUCUGGACGAGCGUCCGCAUGCGUGGGGCGUCGCCAGCAUCUGUCAUUUUCCGCGUACCGAUCCGAAAGAUGCUUCCUCGAUCGACUUUGCGACGGGUGGAAUUGAUGGCAUUGUCAAUCACUGGCAUUGGAAAGCGCGUUCCACCAGCGCAGAAACUUUCCGCUUACAUACUCUGCACGAUGCUAAACCGAUUGUUGCGCUUGAGCAUCUCCCGUCAAGCUCAAGCGUCCUCGCCUCCGCUUCAAUCGGAACUGUGAUUGGGUUCGACCUGACAGCGCUCACGCUAGGUUUCUGCUGGAACACUAGUGAUCAUAUCGUCCACCUAAAACGGACUCCGGAUCCGCGUCUCAUGCUCGGCGUACUAGCGCGACGAGACUACGACCAGUUUCGCCUGUUUGACAUCACGGGUCGCAACGGGCCUAUUUCGAGACCGGUGAUCUCCUUUGGUUGGCUCAACGAUUCUCUUGGUAAGGUGCGGUUGGGAAAGGGCAGUUUCCAUCCAACCAGACGCGCGCUUUUUGCGCACGGAGGAGAGGAUGGAAGGGUGAGAGUGUGGGAUAUGCGGAAUGCAAGAGAUCCGCUGAUCGAUGAAAGGCUCAUAGAUGGUCCAAUUGUUGAAACGAUAUGGGGGAGUGAGGUGAAGGGCGAAGAGGACGAAGAAGGCCUGUUGUAUGUGGCGACAAGCAAAGGCGUUGCUAGUCUUUCAUUACUCGCUCCCCGAUCUCCUCAGAUCUCCGAGCAUUUGGAUUGA